CCUGCCCCUCUCUUCUGCAUCUCUUCCCUCCUCGUCUCACCUUCUGACCAAUCGCUUUAUUUCUUCAGCCUGGUGUGACUUUGUAGCCACGACAAAAACUGAUCAUGCGAUGACUGAGCGUGCUUUGGGCACAUCUACCGAGUCCAUUACAGGAGGUGAAUGAUGGCAGAGGAUGGGGGAAAUCUCUCCGGGGUCCCCGACGUCAGGGACUCGGAGUGUCGCUCCUCUCUGCCGAGGACUUUCAUCCGGCUCAACGACCUGUCCGGGCUCGGGACAGGAGGCGGGGAAUGCAGCGAGGUGGUGGUGGAACCGGCGUCCCCGGCGCCUGACGGGAUCUCAACAGGCGGGGAGGAGGCGUCGGCGAGCGGCGGCGAGAGUCUGCCCUACCCCGAAUGGGCCCCCGUGGUCUUCUUUUACCUGAAACAAACCACGCGUCCUCGGAGCUGGUGUCUCAAAAUGGUCAGCAACCCAUGGUUCGAGCGAGCGUCCAUGUUGGUGAUCCUGCUGAACUGUGUGACGCUGGGCAUGUUUCAUCCAUGUGAAGACAUCAACUGUGAUUCUGAGAGAUGCAAGAUUCUACAGGACUUUGAUGAUUUCAUCUUUGCGUUCUUUGCCAUUGAGAUGGUGAUUAAGAUGGUGGCUCUGGGGAUUUUUGGCAAGAAGUGUUACCUUGGAGACACGUGGAACCGCUUGGACUUCUUCAUAGUAGUGGCUGGGAUGUUGGAGUACUCACUCAACCUGCAGAACGUCAGUCUUUCAGCGGUAAGGACAGUUCGUGUGCUGAGACCGCUGAGGGCCAUCAACCGAGUGCCGAGUAUGCGUAUCCUUGUGAACCUGCUGCUGGACACCCUGCCCAUGCUGGGUAACGUGCUGCUGCUCUGCUUCUUUGUCUUCUUCAUAUUCGGCAUCGUGGGUGUCCAGUUGUGGUCCGGUCUGCUCAGAAACCGCUGCUUCGUCGAAGACAACUUUUCCUUCCCUCUUUCUGUAGAGCUGGGAAAAUACUACCACACUGAAAAUGACGAUGAGAGUCCCUUCAUCUGCUCUCAGCCCCGAGAGAACGGCAUGAGGGACUGUGGCUCAGUUCCCAAACUGUACGAGGAGAGGGGCAUGUCCAGGUUGCAGUGUAACAUGGACAUGUACUAUUACAACAGCACAGACAACACCACCUGUGUCAACUGGAACCAGUACUACACCAACUGUUCUGCUGGUCCCAUCAACCCCUUCAAGGGAGCCAUCAACUUUGACAACAUCUGCUAUGCCUGGAUUGCCAUCUUUCAGGUGAUUACCCUGGAGGGCUGGGUGGACAUCAUGUACUUUGUGAUGGACGCUCACUCCUUCUACAGCUUCAUCUACUUCAUCCUACUCAUCAUUAUCGGCUCAUUCUUCAUGAUCAACCUGUGCCUGGUGGUCAUCGCGACCCAGUUCUCAGAGACCAAGCAGAAGGUGAGCCAGCUGAUGAAGGAACAACGAGUGCGCUUCAUGUCCAAUGCCAGCACUCUAGCGUCCCUGUCCGAGCCGGGCUCCUGCUAUGACGAGCUACUCAAAUACUUGGUUCACAUCAUCCGUAAAGGUGCCAAGCAAGUGGCUCAUAUCUGCAGGUUCUUGGCUCGUCGUGCUGGGCUCAACAUUGCUGCCUCGCCCCCAGCCACAGAGCCCCAGCGCAGCCAAAGCCAGAGGAGGAGGAGAAAGCCCUCCAGGCAGGGAUCCAUGACAGUUCAUCAUAUGGUGCAGGUGCACCAUCAUCACCACCACCACCAACACUACCAUCUAGGGAAUGGUAGCGUGAGGGGUGGGAGCUUCAGGGGUCUGGAGAGUAGAGAUGUGGAGGCUGGGACUCAAAGCAACAACAGAGGUGCUGUUACACCAACCACUGGCAGUGGGCAUCUUGCUUUGGCGCUGCCCUCCUCAGUAACAGCAGCAACCUCCGAUACAAACCUUGCCACUUUGUACAAUCCUGCAGAUUCAUCUUCAGUUUGCAACACAGAAAUGCUUCGCUGUGUUCCUUCACCCACCAAUACCAGAACAACUCCAGGCUCCCUUUCCCUGGCUCCAGUUCCCAUGUUGAGGGCCAUGAAGAGGAAUUCUGUCCCCUUUGCUGCUCCAGGGCCCAAGAACUACCCCACCCUCCAGGCUCGAGCCCUUGCAGAGUCUAGGCGAGGGAGCACCCUGACCAAUAUCAGCUUAAACUUCAAUAUUCCACCCAUGCCCUUGGAGAGACGGCCAUCAACUCUGGUGGACACUCAUAAUCCAACAGCCUCGCCAUCUGACCUUUCUUACCCGACUGCAGCUCAGCUCUCCUGCCAGCUGUCGGUUCGUGACCUCAGCAUCACAAGCAGCGCCAUGGACACAGCCGCUCUGACAUUGGACCCUGAGAGCUGCCCUUACUGCGCAAAGGCCCUUGCCAACGAAUUGGAGGGUGGCACAGACGGCAAUGAGACGCCUGGUGACUCAGAUAGUGAUGGGGUUUACGAGUUCACCCAGGACCUUCACCAAAGGGACAGGAGAGACAGUCGGCAGCCCAGGAAGAAGCACCCAAGGCUGGGGAAAACGGUGGCCAAGGUGGUUCACUUCUGGAGGCUGGUGUGCGACACAUUCCGAAAGAUUGUGGACAGCAAGUACUUUGGUCGAGGGAUUAUGAUCGCCAUUCUGAUCAAUACGCUGAGCAUGGGGAUCGAGUACCAUGAGCAGCCAGAAGAGCUGACCAGUGCCCUGGAGAUCAGUAACAUUGUGUUCACCAGCCUGUUUGCCCUGGAGAUGCUGCUGAAGGUUUUGGUCUACGGACCCUUUGGCUACAUCAAGAACCCCUACAAUGUCUUUGAUGGCAUAAUCGUAGUCAUCAGUGUGUGGGAGAUCGCGGGUGAACAGGAUGGAGGUCUGUCGGUGCUGAGGACCUUCCGGCUGAUGCGCGUGCUGAAGCUGGUCCGGUUCAUGCCGGCCCUGCAGAGGCAGCUUGUCGUGCUGAUGAAGACCAUGGACAACGUGGCCACUUUUUGCAUGCUGCUCAUGCUCUUCAUCUUCAUCUUCAGUAUCCUGGGGAUGCAUCUGUUUGGUUGUAAGUUUGGGUCGGAGAGUGACGGAGACACUCUACCUGACAGGAAGAACUUUGACUCUCUUCUCUGGGCCAUAGUGACUGUCUUCCAGAUCCUAACCCAGGAGGACUGGAACAAGGUGUUAUAUAACGGCAUGGCCUCCACCUCUCCUGUGGCUGCCCUCUACUUCAUCGCACUCAUGACCUUUGGCAACUACGUCCUUUUCAACUUGCUUGUGGCCAUCUUGGUCGAGGGAUUCCAGGCGGAGGAAGUGUCCAAGCGGGAGGACUUGCAUGCCCAGCUGAGCCUAAUUCAGCUGCCUGUAGACUCAGGGGGUGACGCUUCUAAAACAGGUUCGGAGAUUGAUUCCUGCGCACGAAGCAUGGAGGAUGUUAACGGCAGCAAGAAGGACUUAUCAGCCUCUGCAGUAGUGCCUGUAAAUGGUCAUGUGGACCUGAAAACAAGCCUGACUCCACCGUUAAUUACCCACACUGCUGCCACCCCCAUGCCUGUACCCAAGUUACCCGUGGGAGGUGACCCCAUCCUGAGCUAUGAGUCUCGUCGAGACAGCAACGUCUCCAUAGAUCCAGCCUGCUACAACAAAUCACCGACCAGUGCCAGGAGUUCUUCUCCCUAUGCCCCGUGGAACUCUGGGAGCGGCUGGACCAGUCGUAGAUCCAGCUGGAACAGCUUGGGUCGUGUCCCAUCUCACAAACGCCAGAAGCGACAAUCUGGGGAGCGGCGGUCACUUCUUUCCGGGGAAGGCAGCUCCAGCUCAGAAGAUGGGGAAGGUGUAGGAGAAGGUGGAGGCGGGCUGAUGGAGGAAGAUGACGCAUCCUUAGCCAGAACAGACUCCAUGUCCCAAUCGCAGAGAGGACCUCAACACAGGAGGAUGGAGUCAGUGGAGACUCGGAGCUCAAUGGAUUUGCCUCCUGAUGCUCUGCUGCAGGUGCCCUACCUGCAUCGCUCAGCCAGCAUGCACAGCUCGAGGCCCCCCUCCCUGGGCCACUUACGGCCCCCAGAGCACAGUGAUUGCGAUGGGAAGGGAUCCUCGUCAGUCCUGGGCCCCACACACAUCUCACUGGAAGAGAACACUGAAGACGAGACUGCAGAGGAGGAGGUCAACCUGGGUCGCGUUGCCAGGCUGUCCCACUGGCUGGGGAAAAAACAGCCAGACUGGUGCCGACAGAGAGAUAGCUGGUCACUCUACCUCUUCCCCCCAGACUCACGGUUUCGGAUCCUGUGCAACCAGAUCAUCACCCACAAGAUGUUUGACCAUGUUGUGCUGGUCAUCAUCUUCCUCAACUGCAUCACCAUCGCCAUGGAGAGGCCUCACAUCGACCCCGGAAGUGCUGAGCGAAUCUUCCUGACGUUGUCCAACUACAUCUUCACGGCAAUCUUCGUGGUUGAAAUGACUGUAAAGAUUGUGGCAAUGGGCUGGUGUUUUGGUGAUAAGGCCUACCUGAGGAGCAGCUGGAACAUUCUGGAUGGAAUGUUGGUCACGAUUUCCGUUAUAGAUAUCCUGGUCUCUCUCAUCUCCAACUCGGGAACCAAAAUACUGGGCAUGCUCAGAGUGCUGAGGCUGCUGAGAACUCUGAGGCCGCUACGCUUGGUCUCACAGAGCCCGGGCCUGAAGCUGGUGGUGGAGACUCUGAUGUCGUCACUGAAACCCAUCGGCAACAUAGUGGUCAUCUGCUGUGCCUUCUUCAUUAUCUUUGGCAUCUUGGGAGUACAGCUUUUCAAGGGAAAGUUCUUCUUUUGUAAAGGAAAAGAUGUGAGGAACAUCACUAAUAAGUCAGACUGUUUGCAAGCCGAUUAUGAAUGAAAGCGCAAAUACAACUUUGACAACCUGGGACAGGCCUUGAUGUCUCUCUUUGUACUGGCGUCAAAAGAUGGCUGGGUGGACAUUAUGUAUGAUGGACUAGAUGCUGUAGGAGUUGACCGCCAGCCAAUAAUGAACUACAACCCAUGGAUGCUGCUCUACUUCAUCUCUUUCCUCUUGAUCGUUGCCUUCUUCGUGCUCAACAUGUUCGUGGGUGUGGUGGUGGAGAACUUCCACAAGUGUCGGCGCCACCAGGAGGCCGAGGAAGCCAAACGCAGGGAGGAGAAGAGAUUGAAACGCAUGGAGAAAAAGAGACGGAAAGCUCAGAGUAAGCCCUACUACUCCGAUUACUCCACUCGCCUGCUCAUCCACAAGAUGUGCACCAGUCACUACCUGGACCUGUUCAUCACCAUUGUAAUAGGCCUCAACGUCAUCACCAUGUCCAUGGAGCACUACCAGCAACCUCAGGAACUGGAUGAGGCUCUGAAGAUCUGUAACUACAUCUUCACUUUCAUUUUUGUUCUGGAGUCUGUCUUCAAGCUGGUGGCCUUUGGAUUCCGACGCUUCUUCAAAGACAAGUGGAACCAGCUGGAUCUGGCCAUUGUGCUGCUGUCCAUCAUGGGCAUCACUCUGGAGGAGAUUGAGGUCAACGCUUCACUGCCCAUCAACCCCACCAUCAUCCGCAUCAUGAGAGUCCUGAGGAUCGCACGAGUAUUGAAGCUCUUGAAGAUGGCAGUGGGGAUGAGAGCUUUGCUGGACACUGUUAUGCAAGCCCUGCCUCAGGUGGGCAAUCUGGGUCUCCUCUUCAUGCUCCUCUUCUUUAUAUUUGCAGCAUUGGGAGUGGAGCUGUUUGGUGACAUAAUUUGCGAUGAGGUCCACCAGUGUGAGGGUCUGGGGCGAUAUGCUACAUUUAGGAACUUUGGAAUGGCAUUUCUGCUGCUCUUCAGAGUUGCCACCGGAGACAACUGGAACGGCAUAAUGAAGGACACAUUGAGGGACUGUGCAACCGGGACCACUACCUGCUACAACACUGUGGUUUCUCCCAUCUACUUUGUCUCCUUCGUCUUGACCGCUCAAUUUGUUCUGGUCAAUGUGGUCAUUGCAGUCCUGAUGAAACACCUGGAGGAGAGCAACAAGGAAGCCAAGGAAGAGGCAGAGCUGGAAGCAGAGUUAGAACUGGAGCUCCAGAUGGACGGAGGGGACAUGGCAGCCAGGUCACCCCAGCUCAACCCUCUGGCACUGGGCUUGGACAGGUCGAGUUCUGGAGGUUCCCCCUGGAGGUCCAUUGGAGGAGGGGACAUGGAGCAGGAAAGGGAAGGUCCUAUGGACUCACCCACUGCUGAUAUAACCAGAGACUCUGUAAACAUCAGAACAGAACCCUCCUCAUGCCUGGAGCCCCAGUUGGAGUUUGUCCAGCGGAGAGCGCUGUUUGACUCGGUCUCCCUGGUCAUCCAAGGUUCAAUGGAGGGGGAGUUGAGUUUGAUGGACAACCUGUCUGGUUCUAUCUGCCACUACUACGCACUGCCCCCCAAGCCCAGCAAGCACAGGACCGACAAGAAGAUCCCUCUAGCGGAGAUGGAAGCUCUGUCUCUGGCCUCUGAGAAAUCCUGGUCCUUAGCUCUGACAGACGACUCGGCCCCCGACGAUUUUAACCCCCUCUUUCUAACCAGUCUGGAAUGCAAUCCCGAGCAGCAUGGUCCAGGUGGAUUGCUGGAGGACAACCUGCUGAGCGUCAGAAAGCCUGCGGUGGGGCGCACACACUCCCUGCCCAACGACAGCUACAUGUUCCUGUCCCCAUUUGGCUCUACAUCUCCAGCUCCAGCACAGCUUCUAGCACAGUCACAGGGGCCCCAGCACAUACUGGGCACCCACAGGGCCCAAUCAGGCUCCAGUGGUUCAGUUCGUUCACAACCUGAGGACUUUUCCCAGCAGCUGACUGUUCCCACAGACCUCUUCAGACCCAUCAGCCCCCACAGCCACUCAGAUUCAGAGAGUAUACCAUGGCAACCCCCUUCCAGACGCAAACAGACAUUCAGCCGCACGCUCCGCAGACAGGUUGCAGUGUCUACUGAUUCUCAGGAGGCCCUUUGUUCAGACGUAGGGGAGAGCACUGAAGGACUUGUGAAUGUGGCCUCCCUGAGCCUCCCCCCAUCCCCUUCUUCCUCCUCCUCCUCCCAUCAUCAUCAGCAGCAGCCUGCUCUCUGCCUGGUCCCCGCCACACCAGGGGCCUCCCCCAAACCCUCCCGCCCCAGCAGCGUGCACACUCAGCACCACGACCAGCACUGCCUCUCCUCACACUCCCCCUCACCCACUGUCUCCUCACCUCUUCCGCCCCUACCGGCCAGGCCACACCAACAGGAGGAGACCUCGGAAGAUCAAGAAGUGUCUCUCAUUACUCAUGGCGAGUUAGCUGGCAGCAAUGAUAUCAUGGCAGAUGACAGCGGCAACGGUGGUAACGAGGGUUACAAUAGCUACUCAGGCUGCCAGGAGAAUCGGAGUCCAUGUUUGCGGCAGCUGAAGAGGUUCCACAGUGCCGACACGCAGGGCCGCACCACUCUCCUGCCUCGGCCUCGCCCUUACUCCUGGUUGGACGACCCGCAUCGCCACUCUGUAGAAGUUUGCUCCUUAGUGGAUUCCAGCCCCCAGCGCAGCACCACCUCCACUUCCUCCGGCUUCGUGUCUCGGGCCGACAGCCUGCAGAUUCAGAAUCAGAUCCCUAUACAGACUUCGCUGCCCUCGCCCCGCCACAAGAAGAAGAUGAGUCCGCCCUGCAUAUCCGUGGACCCCCCUGACGGGCUGGAGUCUGGCCUCUACCCGAGCCUGGGCGGGCUCAGCAGCAUGGGGCUGGGGGGGUUGGGGCUGCUGCCUCCUCUGCCCAGCCGGGACACCUGCCUGAGGAGGAGAGUGCCCUCCAGUGACUCCAAGGACUCCUUUGACCUGGGGGUCAGUGAGGGUUCGGGACAGGACGGAGGAUCGCCAAACCCCAACACCAACCCCAAGCUACUGACUCUUCCCAGCUUCUCUUUUGAGAAGACAAGCUCUGAGCACUGAACACCCAUACUCCAAAGACACUGACACACACCCACACAGCCGGACGAAUCCUCCACACACACAAACACACGAUGCACUCUGUGUAUCUGUGACGGUGAUAGUUCUAGUAAUAAUGCUGUAGAAAGUAAUAAUGGUAAAACUACAACAAACAGUAAAAACAUCCUUGGUUUCAUAAGGAGUGCAGUACUGUAGUAGUGUGACCAUCCCUUGUCUUUGUAUUGUUACUGCCGAAACAACCAGAAAGAAAGAGAACAUGGAACAGCACACAUUUCUCUUCUUCUAUGUAUGCCUGCAUGGCACCGGCUGCAGCUUGACCCCAAAACCUCUGGAGCAACAUAGGCACCUGGGAUUUGGCACCCUCUGUGACCACCAUCUGAACUGCCUGGUGUUGCACAGAGUGGAACUGGUCAGUGGAGGUACAAAGCAAUAUGAACGUUUUAGAGACACUAUUUUCUUAAAUUAUUGGGCCACAGUGUUUGUACAGGAUGUUGUUUUUAAUUUCAUUCAAUUGUUAUUUUCUGUAAUUUUCAUGUCUUUUUUGUGACUUUCUUUUUUGUCAAAAAUGGUUUGUCUUUGUCUUUCUUUUUCACUGUAGGAUAUUUCUAGCUUUCUUGGUUUUACUGAGGAAAGUGAACGUUUUUCAAAGUGCUGAAAACCAUGUAUUUGUAGGAAUAAUAUAUAAAUAUACAUAUAAAAAAAAAAGUAAGUCAUUAAACUGAGCUUGGAUUUUUAAGCACA